CAGUCAGUACGGUACGCUGUCGUCGGAAGUAGUUUCGCUUAAUGUCAGUUUAUGUAUCCGGACAACGUGCAUGUUGAAUAGUUUGCACAAUAAUUGUGCUUGGCCGUUUAAGUUUUCCGAUUAAAAAAGACAGAACUUGUAAAUACAGAGGUGUGUUUUUUUAUCGUAGCUAAAAUGAAGAAUUGUGUCGCAUUUCAAACACAGUUAGCCUCUAUAAUGGAAGUACUAGCCAAAGCAGCUGUGGCCGAAAUAAGCAAACUUGUUGAAGAUGGGUCCGUUGUGUUGCAUCUGGAAGUAUCCCGAAGCCAUAAAGAAAUUGACAGUCUGAGGAGGAAACUACAGCAGGUGGAGAGCGAGCUGAGGACGGCGCGAGAGGCGGCAGCCCGAGAGAGCCGCUCUAUUGGGGUCCAGGUUGAGAACCUGUUCGGAGGAGCAGAAGGAGGAGCUCUUGAGGGUGAUGCUGAUGCUGGAGAGAGACCUCCCAUUGACCAACGGCUCAAGGAGGAAGAAUGUAAUGCACAGACACACAACACAAAGCCUGGCUUUGGAUUCACGGUGAAGGCAGAGCAAGAGGAAGAGCAUGUAGCCCAGAGACUCAAUCAGACAGGAUGUGAACACAGUGCAGGAAGACUCAGCAGUCUGGGCUCUGAGUAUGUAAUGUAUGAGAGAGACAGUCAGGUGUGGACUUCCUUUAAAAAAGGGGACAGUGACAUAGAGACUGAUGAUCCAGUUUGUUCUGACACUACAGAACAGUGCUCACAGAGUCUGUUAGCACACUCACCACUACAGCAUGCUCCUGCCACCAUGGAAGGCUCUGGAAGCACACUAUCCUCCUUGGGGAAAGAUGUUCAUGCUGUUCAUGGUGUUCUUGUGAAGGAGGAAACAGGUGGGCAGUGUUCAUACAGUGAAGCGAACAUAUCUGAGAUGGGUGGCACACAGCAUACAGAGUACAGACAGCCUCCGCUCUCGAUGAAUGAUCAUCUAACCUCACAGCUCUGGCAACCGCAGCAGCAGCCCUUAGACGAGCAAAUAGGAAUUACUGAGAACAUCACAGAUCCAGUCUCAAACAUUAGCCAAAAGACCAGAAUCCACUGGAGAACUGGCAUAGGGGAGAAACCUCACAGCUGCUCACAUUGCAAGAAGAGUUUUGAUCGCUUUAUUGACCUGAAGAGACAUCAGCGAAUCCACACAGGAGAGAAACCGUUCAGCUGUGGACAGUGUGGAAAACAUUUCAGUCUGAGGUGUAACCUCAUCACACAUGAGAGGGUUCACAGCGGGAAUAAACCAUUUGGUUGUGCUCAGUGUGGGAAGAGAUUUGCUCAGAGAGCUCACCUUAGAACACACUACAGAAUUCAUACAGGCGAGAAACCAUAUCACUGCGCCCAGUGUGGGAAGAAUUUCACUCAGCUGAGUGGUCUUAAAACCCACCAGAAAGUUCACAAUAGAAAUGAGCUGCUAGAAUUUGGAAUUAAUUGUAUGUGAUUAUGCUUAUGCUUAUGAUUAUGCUUAUGUGAUUAAGUUUGAAGGAAAUACAGUUUAUAGUCACUGUAUUGAAAGGCUGCCAGCUGAAUGACUGUCUUUGGGCAGCACUUGCUUAUAAGGACUGGAUCCUUGUCCGUAGAGCUCAUCGCUGUAAUGAGGGUUAGUACUUUACCCACAGUCACAUGAGGGCUAGUGCUAGUACUUUAGCUGCACUCACACCAAUGGCUAGUGCUAGUACAUUAGCCACACUCACACAAAGGGCUAGUGCUAGUACGUUAGCCGCACUCACAUGAGGGCUAGUUCUAGCACAUUAGCCACACUCACACCGAGGGCUAGUGCUAGUACAUUAGCCACACUGACAUGAAAGCUAUUUCGAGUUAAUCUAGUACAUUAGCCACACUCGCACAAGGGCUAGUGCUAGUACAUUAGCCAAACUCACACGCAAGCUAGUGCUAGCACAUUAGCCACACUUACAUGAGGGCUAGUGCUAGUCAUUUUGCCACACUCACACAAGAGCUUGUGCUAGUAAAUUAGCCACACUCACACAAGGGCUAGUGCUAGUACAUUAGCCACACUCACACAAGGGCUAGUGCUAGUACAUUAGCCACACUCACAUGCAAGCUAGUGCUAGUACAUUAGCCAAACUCACACAAGCUAGUGCUAGCACAUUAGCCACACUCACACAUGAAGCUAGGACCUUAACCACACUCGCCGUUCUGGGCACCUGGCAUAUGGCAGAACCCUUGGCUCUGGCACAUAAUACAAUUUUAUUUCAAACUGCAUCUGGCUUGUUUUUUUUGGCCUGUCCUUAUACAUGAUGGUGUGGGUCAUUGUGUGGGAGAACAGAAUGCUAAAUGGAUAUUUGCUCAUAAAUAAAUGGUCAAAAUGACAAA